AGGAGUUUUGAAAGAAUCUUCUCACGGGGAGGCUUUGUUUCAUGCUCCCGCAUACGUGCAUGGAGAAGCAUAUGUCUAGCUAUCUAUAGCUUCAUAGAGAGACCAAUAAUUAGUCUAGAGGAAUUGUUUUUCUUCCUUCCUCUCCUGCGGCUGCAGCAAAAAGCACAGGGGUGUGGGUCUGCGUGUGUGAAUGUGUGUGAUACGUGCCUAGCUGCACUAUGCUCCAUGGCCGCCCCACCUACCACAGGCCCUGGGCUGCCCCGCCUUCCGUUGUGCUGUACACUGAAACACGUGCAAGGGGAGCCCGCCCAGGACGGCUGGAGAAAACAUCAGAAGGAGCCAAUCACCGCACAAGGGGGCGGGUUGAACUGCAUGUGCUCCUGUUUGUGUACGUGCAGGAGCCGGUUUUCAGCAGAGAGGGAGGGGAGUUCAGGCUGGAGGUUCGCUUUUAGAGCUUGCACGGUGUCUGACUUGUGCUACAUGCACUAGACAGAAUCGGGGACAGGCGGGCUGGGCUUCUCCAUUCGCCGCCCCGCAGCAGCAGUCCCAGAACAUUGGGAGUAAACAGUCCUCUGCCGAAAAGAGACAAUGUGGAUGAUGCUGGAUUGCAGCUCAGAGCCUGACGGCUUGAGCCUCCUGCUUGAGGCGGGGGCUGGGGUGAAUGCACCUGCAGAUGCCUUUGGUCAGUCCCCAGCUCACUUGGCUGCUUGUGGAGGACAAGCUUUUUUCCUACUAUGGCAACUGCAAACAGGAGCUAAUCUGAACCAACAGGAUUGCCAUGGAGAAGCUCCUAUUCAUAAGGCAGCUAAAGUUGGGAGCUUGGAGUGUCUUGCUCUACUCGUUGCCAGUGAUGCCAGAAUAGAUUUGUGCAAUAAUGAUGGACAAACAGCAGAAGAUCUUGCAUGGGCUUUUGGAUUUCUGGAAUGUGCCAAGUUCCUCACAACUGUUAAACAUACUCAAAAUAUGAAGCUAAGAGAACAACCUAGCUAUUCACUUAAGGACAAUUGUGGUUUGCCAAGAGAGGCUUCAGCUGGAAAGAAACGAGCAUGUGGAAUUAUGGGACCCGCAAACAGAAAGAGGAGGAGAUAAGAUGAUAUUACGUCUUAGACUGCAGGUGGGAAAACCUGUAACCCUGAAAAGAAUCUGAAGUCUGCAAAAACAACAUUAUUGGUCUAUGAACUAAGCAACCCAAUAUUUGAUGUUCUGCUGUUUCCUUCUGAGGAGGAGGAAACCUUGGUUACUUUUGCUUCUUGAAGAAGACAUUUUUCUAGAAUACUUGUAUUCAUACAGCUCUGUGUGUGUUCAAUUGUAGACUAUGUAUAAUAGGGCAGUCUCUUCUCAGGUAAAUAGCAAAACAAAGUUGAUACUUAGCACAUACAGUGCUUCUCUCUGGCUCCAAAGUGCUGUAGGAGAUUAACAUUUCGUUAAGUGGCAUUCCCUGCCUAUCAAGUUGUUGUGUGAUAUUACUGGCUGCUGUCAAAUGGUUAUCACACUUCACUACAGAGCGGGCUCUAAGGAGCACUAAGGAUUCUGCACAUCUUACUUACAAGAGCUGUCUUUACUUUUAUGAGCAAGAGCUGCUUACAUGAGUAAAUGUUAAAGGACCAGUCCCUAAAUUUGUAAAGCACUUCAGGAGCCUUCAGAAAGCAAAAAACAUUAAAAAUAUUAGAUUAAGGUAAACUCCUUUAAUUAAACUUGUCUAUACAAGAAUGCAGUUGAAUGUGAUUUACUCUUCUUCCAUUUUUGAUGUUUUUUAUUUAAAAAGAUAUUUUAUACUUAAAUUGCAGUGUAAAGAAUUCAACUAGCAUUUUUAUUUCAGCUACUUUUGACUGACAAAACACCGUUUAAAUUGAAAAUAAUUAAAAUUUUUCUAAAGCUUA